UGAUCACAUCUUCCUACGCCUUCUGCUACGAACCAACAUGGCUAAAGUGUUGCUCAGUGGUUUCUGUAGUAUUACCAGGAAGAUCUCCCCUCAGCACCUACAGAGGAUCACUCCCCUAUGGAACAAUGUCCCUAGACACCUGAGCACUGCACGCAGUCUGCUGUCAGAGCGCAAAUACACAGAGAAGCAUGAGUGGGUUGCUGUUAAUGGUAACAUUGGCACCAUUGGUAUCACAAAUUAUGCUCAAGAGUCGCUAGGAGAUAUUGUGUAUGCCCAGAUGCCAGAGGUGGACACUGAAUAUGAACAAAUGGAGGAGUGUGGAGCUCUUGAGAGUGUAAAGGCAGCCAGUGAACUUUACUCUCCUGUGUCUGGCAAAGUGACUGAAAUCAACACUGCUGUUGAGGACCAACCAUCACUCAUCAACCAGAGCUGUUAUGAUGAAGGUUGGUUAUUCAAGCUGGAGUUGACAGUUCCAGCAGAAGUAGAUGAAUUAAUGGAUGAAGCAGCAUACGAGGCAUUUUUGAAGGCAGGCGAAGAGGAAUAGCACCAGUGAGAAUGAACAUUGCAUCAAGAGGCGCAGCACUUGACCCAACCUACCCGUUUCAAGCUAUCUGUUGUGCAGGUGCCUGAAUAUGCUCCAGUACUGGUGGAUAGCAUACUCUGGGUCUCCUAACUCUUAACAUGAACUCAUCCUCAUCAUCUAGCUAACUGAAAUAUCCUGUAUUAUUUAACCUUUUGAUUUGUAACCAGCCCACACUAGUGACAGAGAAAAAUAUACAGGAAAUUUGUGUGUUGCAUGGGGAGCGUCCAGCAGCUGUGCACAUGACCACAGAUUGUAUAACAUCCAGCUACACAGUUGAGUCAUGACUUGGUACAGUUUGAAGUUAAGUGAACAAUCUUAGACUCCUCCCCAAGCUUGAAGUGGGAUUUUGUGCCAGUGCAGCAUUACAUUCUUAUAGCUCAUAUAGAUAUUUAAUUUUUUUUAAUGGUUUCAUCCACUAACAUACUGUCUUUUGAUGAUCCAUUUUGUUGAAAAAAAAAUUAAUACAAAUAGAUUUUUAAUAAUUAUAACUACUUUUUCACCAUUGAGAGUUUUGUAAAAGUAAUUUUUAAAUAAGAUUUACAUAUUGAAAAUGUGGUGGUGUAUUUUUUCCAGCUCUUCUUUUUGUCACAAAAAAUGGAGAUGUUAUUUAUUCUCAUAUUAGAGUGACAUGCUAAGAGCUGAUGAUGUCCAUUGGCUGUGUAUUAUUUUUAUAAAUAAUAUGAUGAAGGAAGGGUGGUUACAUAUGAUAGGACAAUCUAAACUGUAAAUAAUAGCACUGUAUUAGAAAUGUUGUAGCCUCUUGACAUUGGGUUGAUGGAGGAUAUUCUGGUAGCAUCACAAGACAUACCAUAUCCCUUUUAUUUAUGACCCUGAAUUUCAUUUCAGAUGUUACAGAAAAAUAUAAGAAGUCCUGGUUCCAUUACUUUAUAGAGAUAUAGUAAAAGUAUUGCAUAGUAUAAGUGGUAUUACUACAUCAUGACUGAUUGCUAACUCUUGGAUAUACAGUACAGUAGUGAGGAACCAGCAGCUAAGCAAUACAAAGCCACAUAUGUGGUUCUGAAAGUCUGGAGUGUAUACAGACUGGACAUGAAAGAAUGUGAAGACGACCAUUGAUAUAAUUUCACUGUAAGGAUUGAUAAGAUUUUUGUCAGCCUGUAGCUUAUCUUGAAUAUUCUUCAUGUGGAUACACCUUAUUUUAGUCAUUACCUCCUGUUUGUUAAAGUUGUUCCAUUUAGCAUUAUUGCAUCAACUAAAACUUAUCCAAAGUGUCCGGUGACUUUACUAUCGAGUUCAUUAGUUAAUUUUCAAGGCAUAACUGGAGGAUUGAGGUCUUAUGUUCCCUGAAUUUGUGUAUUGCCCUUCCACACCAUUGCUGAUGGAUAUACCGUCAUAUUUAAAGCUUCUGUUUUUCUCAUAGUGCUGGUACAUUUGUUAUGUGUUGGUUAUGACCUUUAAUGUAAAUAAUGUAGGGGUACUUAAUUAUGGGAAACUGUAUUCUUAGUAGGGGUCUAUCAUUAUGCACCUACUAUAAUUUUUUUUUUUUAAUCAAUUUACUUAACCCUCUUGCACAUCAUGACACGAAUCACGUGAAAUCAUGGGGUAGCACUAUUUGCAACUAUGACAUGAAUCAUGCCAUUGAACUUAAAAAAAUAUAUACCUCAAAAGUUCUCAAGAUAAUUGCAUCCAAUUUUUGUGUGUCAUAGAUGAUCUUCCAAGGGAAGCUUCCAGAAAGUACUAAAGUGUAGGUUGAGUUCCGCUGUCCGUCAAUUUCCUCCCAUCAGCCAUGCUGGUAGGUUGUGUUUGUCCCACUAUCUUGUCUCCCACCCUUCCCAUUAUUAGUCAUCUACAAGUUCCAAAGCCAUCAUUGGAAACUCAAAAAAUUCUGCUUCUAUGUAUAACUAUGAUACACUUGUGGGUUUGUGAGAAAAUAUCAAAGAUAUGCUGGGAACACAAAUGCACUAAUUUGUUUUCUUUAUUCAGAAUGAAAAAUAGUCUUAAGUUCGUCCUUUUAUUCUUGCUUAUGUUAAAGACAAAACAAUAACAAAAUCAGUGGUGUAUAAAUCAUGCAGAAAAAACAAACAAAAUCUUAUGGUAUAAGUUGGCCUCAAAAUGAAGAUGACCGGACCCCCAUGAGUGGUCCCAAUGACUUUUGUCGUGGUCACAGAACUUAUUGUGAGUGCGAGAGGAUUAAAGGGAAUUUUAAAAAGGGCAUUCACUAAUUUGAUGUGCGAUACCCUAGCUAGUGGUGUACGGUGGCCUUGCUGGUGAAAUCAAAUAACAAUGCAGUAUUUUAGUGCUGCUUAUCACAGCAGGAACUAAGGAAGGAUGGGAUGUGGAGGCAAUACUGUAUCCCACACCUGUGUCUACAACAUUGCAGUGUCAUAUAAAUACUUAAGUUUCUUAUGUUUUCUGUUCCUUAUUUUACCAAUGGUCACUCCGGUACAUCAUAGCCGUCCUGUAACAGCCAAAAAUUUGAAAUUAUUGGUUCCACAACAAAGUAGCAGUGAUAAAAGAUUAUUCUACACUUUAUCACUUCUAAAAGUUGAUUCCAGUUCAUAUUGGCAUGGAACACCUUGCUGUUGUUAAUUGAUUCAUAUGCCAUUGUAGCCAGUCUUGCCUUAUUACAAGACUAACCCUGUAAUUACUAAGCUCAGUCACAAAAAGAGAUUAUGCUAGUACCGUACUAUAUAUUGAUUGGUAACAAGAUAUUGUUUUAUAGAGGUUGUCAGUGAUGGUGUUUUAAAUUUUAUGGUUGUUAUAGUGGAAUAAACGUACAAGAUA